AUUCUAACAAGGGAGGGAGGAAACGUUUUUGGCAGUGAAGAGGUCUUUGAACCAGUGGGCCUGGCCUGUCAACAGGUGGCUGAGGAAAAGUGACACUCAGUCCUUCAGAGAAAAGAGAGAAAGAAGGUGGAGGAGGAGAACGCUUAAGAAAAACCCCUCAAGGCCAUGACAACUAGACUCCUGUGGAGGGCCCUGGGCCUGUCGGCCCUACUCUGCACCAUCUCACACUUCAGCCGCGCCGACAACCAGCCAGGCCCCUCAGCCCCAGAGCAGGGAGUCACCUUCAGCCACGUCUAUAAAAUCGACAUCCCAGGAAGCUCCAGCUGCAAACUAGAACGCAUGUCAACCCAGGAGGAAACAGGUCUGCAGACAGACACCACUACGAAUGGAGAGAAUGAUAUAAUCUUCAGACACAACAUCAAGCUGCAGACGCCCAAGUGUGACUGUGAGGAGUCUGAGAGUUUCAAGUCCUUGAUGUACAGGGUCAAUGGGCUGGAAGAAGAAGUCAACUACCUAAAGACCCAGUGCACUCAGGGCUGUUGUGGAAAAGGCGGUGCUGCAGGUGUGGACACGAGCUGUAGUGACCAUGGUACCUACCAGCACGACGCCUGCAGUUGCCUCUGCGACCCAGGAUGGGAAGGCCCAGAUUGCUCAGUGUCCUCCUGCCCAGAUGAUUGUAAUGACAAUGGCCGCUGUGUGGACGGGAAGUGUGUGUGCCACCAGGGCUACAGGGGAGACGACUGCAGCCAGCUGACGUGUCCAGGCGAUUGCAACGACAAGGGACACUGUGUGGAUGGAAAGUGUGUGUGUUUCCCGAACUUCGCUGGUGAGGACUGCAGCGUGGCCAAGUGUCCCAACGACUGCAUCGGCAACGGCCGGUGUGUGGACGGCCGGUGCAUCUGUGAUGAAGGCUUUUAUGGAGACGACUGUUCAUUAGUGUUUGGCCCUCAGGGUCUACGGUUGGUGCAGGUGACUGACGUCUCCCUCCUGGUCGAGUGGGAGUCCGCUCGUGGGGCAGAAUAUUACAUUUUGACUUAUCAUCCCAAAGAUGAUAAGAGUGCCCCGGAUCAGGUCCGGAUUCCCAACACAGAGAACUCCUACCUCAUCACAGGACUGACCCCUGGGGUCACUUACAUUGUCCAGGUGUACGCAGUCAUCAAAGAAAUCCAAAGUGAAGCGGACAAGAUUGAGGCUACGACAGAUGUCUCUGCUAUUGAUGGUAUCCAAGUUCUUGGCCAGACAGAAGUCUCUAUCCAGGUGGACUGGAAGAACCCACCAGCUGAAGUGGAUCACUUCAGGCUCACACACACUGACCCAGAAGGACAGGAGGAGGAGCUGAACGUACAGAGUAGCCAGGAGGCACGAACCAAACACACUAUUGUGGGUCUGCAUCCAGGAACAGAGUACCUGAUCUCAGUGCAGGCCAUCAAAGGAACAACUGAGGGGAAACAGUCGUCUGUCACUGGUGCCACAGACAUUGAUGCCCCGACAAACCUUGACACCACCAAGGUAACAGAGGACACUGCAACGGUUUCAUGGGAUCGGGUCAAGGCAGAAAUUGAGGGCUACAUGCUGAGCUACACCUCUGCUGCGGGCUCCAGUCCAGAAAUCCCUGUAGGCCGUGACAGCACCUCAUACAGGCUGAUUGGCUUGAGGCCCGGAGUCCUCCACACAGUCUACAUCUGGGCCUUCAACGGAGACAAAGUCAGCAGGAAGAGUUCAACAGAAGCUGAAACAGAGCUGGAUGCCCCUACUAACGUCUUGGCCCGUGAUGAGACAGAGUCCAGUUUCAGGGUGUCCUGGGAUCAAACUCAUGCUGAAAUUGAUGGCUACGUCCUGACCUACAGCUCUUCUGAGGGCUCAAGUGCAGAAAUCCCAGUUGGAUCUGACAGUAAUGGUCAUUUGCUGACUGGCCUGAAGCCUGGGGUCCUGUACACAGUCUACGUCUGGGCCGUCAAGGGGGACAAAGCCAGCAGGAAGAUCUCAACACAAGCUGCGACAGAACUGGAUGCUCCUGCUAACCUCUCAGCCCGAGAUGAGACAGAGUCCAGCUUCAGCGUGUCCUGGGAUCCGGUCCAGGCAGAGAUUGAUGGCUACGUCCUGACCUACAGCUCGUCUGAAGGAUCUAGUGGGGAAAUCCCAGUUGGGCCUGACAGCACCUCUUACAGUCUGACUGGCUUAAGGCCGGGGGUCCUCUACACUGUGUACAUCUGGGCCAUCAAGGGGAACAAAGUCAGCAGGAAGACCUCAACACAAUCACAGACAGAACUGGAUGCUCCUGCUAACCUCUUAGCUCGAGAUGAGACAGAGUCCAGCUUCAGGGUGUCCUGGGAUCCGGUCCAGGCAGAAAUUGAUGGCUACACCCUGACCUACAGCUCGUCUGAAGGAUCUAGUGAAGAAAUCCCAAUUGCGCCUGACAGCACCUCUUACAGUCUGACUGGCCUGAGGCCUGCAGUCCUCUACACUGUGUACAUCUGGGCUUUCAAGGGAGAAAAAGCCAGCAUGAAGAUCUCUACGAAAGUUGAGACAGAUAUCGAUGCCCCCAAGGACCUGAAGGCAACGGAUGUGACAGUGGAGUCUGCUUCUCUGACCUGGAUUCCUCCUCUGGCUGACAUUGAGGGCUACAUCCUCACCUACAGAGAUGAGGAUGGCAACAUGGAGACUGUUGAAAAGCAGCCUGGAGCCGGCGUGAGCAGUUUUGCUGUAUCCAGCCUGGAGAUGGGGAAGACGUACAUUGUCACCAUCAUUGCCUACAGGGGCAACAAGAGGAGCAAGGUGGUGGAGACCAUCUUUAAAACAGUCGGCCUCUCAUACCCCUUCCCCAUGGACUGUGUUCAGAUCAUGAAGAAUGGCAACAAGAAGAGCGGCAUCUACACCGCCUACAUCUACAAUGACCGCUCGAAACCAAUUGAGGUUUACUGCGACAUGGACACUGAUGGAGGUGGCUGGCUGGUGCUCCAGCGCCGUACCACUGGCAGGCUGGACUUCAUGAAACGCUGGAGGCAGUACAUAGCAGGGUUUGGCAACAUGACUGACGAGUUCUGGAUCGGUCUGGAUAAGAUAUAUGAGCUCACCAACACUCCCACUCAGUAUGAGCUGCGGUUUGACCUGGGCGUGGGCUCAGAGAGGGCCUACGCUGUGUAUGACAACUUUAAGAUUGCUCCAGUCAAGCAGAAGUUCAAACUCACCAUUGGCACAUACCGUGGGACAGCAGGCGAUGCUAUGACCUACCACCAAGGCCGACCCUGGACUACUGUUGACUCCGAUAAUGACAUCGCACUGGGUAACUGUGCCCUGACCCACCGUGGCGCCUGGUGGUACAAGAACUGUCACCUGGCAAACCUCAACGGCAAAUGGGGAGACACCAGACACAGUUUGGGAGUGAAUUGGGAGCCAUGGAAGGGCCACCUGAUGUCCCUCGACUUCACCGAGAUGAAGAUCCGACCCGUGGGAGCCUUGUCCAGCAGGAAGAGGCGAUCGGCGUUGCCCAGGGAGAAGAGCAGAAACACAAACCUCCAGAAGAAAUAGAAGAGCCCGUCCUACUGAAACCACAACAGCCGUGUUCAGCCGUGGUCACCUGCCAUCACACUAGACUGGGAUGUACAGCAUCUCUUCUUAUUGGUGUAGCUGCGAGCACAUGUUUUGUUUCUAUGACCACACAGGAAAUUAUCACAGGUCCACGUGCCUCUGUGUCUCAACACAUUGUACACUUUUGCUGUACUUUGCAUUGCUCCGCAUGUAACUUAUUAUCUGUUUGUCUUAAGUAACAUGCACCAAAAACGUCCUCGAUUAAGUGAGAUUGUGGGAAAACACCAUAUGUUGAUUUGAAGUGAACUUGUAGUUUUUGUUAAAAAACAUAAUAACCUCCCGUUUCACUGAUUCUGGUAGAAACUUCAAUUAUAGAUCCGGAAACGGUUAUUAAUUGGAAAUCAAGAAAUCCAAUAUUCCAAUUACUGCCUUCAUUUAAGCCGCUUUUAUUAACAUCAGGGCACCGGCCCAGGAUAUUUGUAUUAUAUUUGUUAAAUUCAUGUUCUACGAAUAAUUUGAUUAUAGCAACCUUGCCUGUGUAUAGCAGUAAUGUCAUCAUAACAUAAAUGUUUGGGGGGAAAAAAAAUGUU